CAUGUACAAAGUACCCAACCCAACCCAGCCCAACCCACACCAGAUUAAGAGAGAACAGCUUUGGUCCCAAGUCACAAUCAUCGUCGUCAUCAAAUCCCCUUCAACUUGAAAUUACAACUCAACAAACUUCUCUUCUCCUCUCUUUUUUUGAGAUUGCACUAUUCCUUUCUUUCCUUUUUUUGUUACGUGACCCAGUUGUUGAAUUAAUCAGAUGAUACAGUGGACUUUGUCUACCACUAUCUUGUGUUUGACUCCGAGUGAGUGUUAACUCAGAAUCCCAUGUCUGGAGGUUGUGGUGCUCAACUCAUGGUUAAGGUGUUCUCAGGUUGUAUUUUCUUAAUUGCAGCUUUAUCUUGGAGAUAAAAAGGAAGAGAAAAAUGAGGAUGAGGAACAAAUACAGAAAACCAACCACUUUCCCUUGCAAUGCAGGGAGCAGAUGUUCAAUGUCUACUGUGGUGUGGAGCUUGGUGGGUUUUCUUCUUAUGCUUCAUAUUUAUUCCCUUGUUAGCCACAGAGAUGGGGCAAGUGGGGAAGUCCAAUUGCGCAAAAGUCAACAUUUAUUAUUCCGUGAACUAGAAGAGGUAGAAGAGGAGAAUAUCCAAAUUCCCCCACCUAGAGGAAAACGCUCACCACGUGCUGCAAAACGAAGACCUAAGCGGACAACCACAUUGAUUGAUGAAUUUCUUGACGAGAAUUCCCAGCUUAGGCAUGUGUUCUUUCCUGAUAUGAAAACUGCCAUAGAUCCAGUGAAGGACAAUGGGAAUGAUAGCUUCUAUUACUAUCCUGGGAGGAUUUGGUUGGAUACUGAGGGAGCUCCUAUACAAGCUCAUGGAGGUGGUAUGCUUUAUGACCAGAGAUCAAGGACAUAUUAUUGGUAUGGAGAGUAUAAAGAUGGACCCACCUAUCAUGCUCACAAAAAAGGACCAGCGCGGGUUGAUGUCAUAGGAGUUAGUUGCUAUUCCUCCAAGGACUUAUGGACGUGGAAAAAUGAGGGCAUUGUUUUGGCCGCGGAAGAGACUAAUGAAACCCAUGAUCUCCACAAAUCAAAUGUGCUUGAGCGACCAAAAGUGAUUUACAAUGAGAAUACAGGAAAGUAUGUAAUGUGGAUGCAUAUGGAUGAUUGCAACUACACUAAAGCUGCUGUUGGUGUUGCCAUUAGUGAUUACCCAACUGGUCCUUUUGAUUAUCUCUAUAGCAAGCGGCCUCAUGGAUUUGAUAGCAGGGACAUGACAAUCUUUAAAGAUGAUGAUGGUGUAGCAUAUCUUAUCUAUUCUACUGAUGACAAUAGUGAUCUUCACAUUGGACCUCUAACAGCAGAUUAUCUCGAUGUAACAGAUGUUGUGAGAAGGAUUCUCGUGGGACAACACCGGGAAGCCCCUGCUCUGUUUAAGUUUGAGGGGACUUACUACAUGGUCACAUCAGGCUGCAGCGGAUGGGCCCCAAAUGAAGCGAUUAUACACGCUGCUGAGUCAAUUAUGGGGCCAUGGGAGAUAAUGGGAAACCCAUGCAUUGGAGGGAACAAAAUAUUUCGGCUUACUACAUUUUUUGCACAGAGCACAUAUGUGAUUCCUGUGCCGGGACUUCCAGGUUCAUUUAUUUUCAUGGCAGAUCGGUGGAAUCCAGCUGACUUGAGGGACUCAAGAUACGUCUGGUUACCUUUGAUAGUAGGGGGACCUGCUGAUCGGCCACUCGAGUACAAUUUUGGCUUCCCUUUAUGGUCAAGAGUGUCAAUAUAUUGGCAUAAAAAGUGGAGACUUCCUCCAAGAUGGAGUUUUUGAUAUGAUUUUAGGUACAUUUUUCUAUAUGAUUUUAGUGUAUUAUAUAUGAUAAAGCUCCUUGUUCAUUUUCUCACUGAUUUUCAUAGACCAUACUUGUGUCUUGUUAUUUAAAAGCUUGUGCUUUUUAGGUCACACACACGGCAAUAACCCGGAUUACAAUGUUGGGUCUGAAGCACUGCAGGGAAUUUAUGUGUCUUUGCGCCGGCAAUGUUAAUAUUAGUUGAAUGUUUAUGGAGAAAAACAACCAUCUGUUAGAAAAUACUUAAAAAUAAAUAUAUUGUAUGACACAAUCAUCUUCACAAACCCAUAUUCAACAAUGAUAU